AUGUAUUUCGGGCAGCCCCCAAUUCUUUCCAAGCCGACGCCUGGGGAAAUCUUAUCCAUCUACCUCCCAGUGUCCAAAUACGCGAUUAGUUUGGUACUAAUCCACGAAGACCAGGGUAGGCAGUACCCGGUGUAUUAUGUCAACAAGCGUCUUUUAGAUGCCGUAACCCGUUAUCCACAUAUGGAGAAAUUAGUGUUUGCAUUGGUAAUUGCGUCGAGAAAGUUACGACCUUACUUCCAAGCACAUAGCAUUGGGGUUUUAACAAACUACUCUUUGAGGCAAGUUUUAGCAAAACCAGAGGCCUCAGGCAAAUUUUUGAAAUGGACAAUGGAGUUAAGCCAGUUCGACAUCAGGUAUAAACCCAAGUUUGUAAUCAAAGGACAAGCCCUUAUAGAUUUCAUACUCGAAUUCCCAAGCGACGAAGUGGCCAUUAUCGCAAAAGAGCGAAUUGAUCCUGACGUACCAAAUAAUGAAGGGUGGACUUUGUAUGUUGACGGGCGUCCAACAGUGAAGGAUCAGGGGGUGGUGAAUGUGGAAUAUCUUGCCAGAGGAGGUCGUUUGGCUAAAUAUCUCACCCUCACUUAUGCUUUGGCCCGAUUGGCCUCGACAAGAGAAGCAGAAUUAUUCGAUGUAAUUUCUGUUGACGUAUUAACACAUCCGACGAUCAGUCGGGAUGAGGUAAUGGAGGUUGAUACAGUCAAAGAGGUCACCUGGAUGACCCCAAUAAUAGACUACUUGAAAACAGGAGUUCUUCCUAAAAAUAAAGUAGAGGCUAGAAAAUUGCGAUAUCGAGCCGCUCGAUAUGUCAUUUACGGCGAUAAGCUCUAUCACAGAAGUUUCAGCCAACCACUGCUCAAAUGUAUCGAUGAGACUGAAUGCGAAUAUAUACUCCGCAAAGUGCAUGGUGGCAUCUGCGGCAACCAUACAGAGGGUAAUUCCCUUGCUUUAAAAAUAAUGAGGCAAGGGAGUCCCUGGCCUUUCGCAGUCUGGGGCAUAAAUCUGAUUGGAGAAUUACCAAAAGGCAAAGGAAGAGUGAAAUACGCCACAGUUGUUGUUGAUUACUUCACAAAAAGGGCUGAAGCCAAGCUUCUUGCGGCUAUCACUACUACUAAAUUACGCGAGUUUGUGUACAGCUCCAUCAUCUGCAGGUUCGGCAUACCUUACAAGUUAAUCUCUGACAAUGGAAAAAAAUUUGACUGUCAGGAGAUGUGUCAGGUAUGCGAUGAGUUGGGCAUUAAGAAAGCAUUUUCAGCAGUCGCAUAA